AUGGUCACCGUCGCUAGAAACGCGUCCCGCGGCGCCACCGCCGCGCCAAGCCAGACGCUCACCGUCGUGGACAACCGCACCGGCAAGUCGUACGAGCUGCCCAUCGCCAACAAUGCCAUCUUGGCGACGGACAUCAAAAAGAUAAAGGCGCCGCGCGGCAACGACCGUCCCGAGGAUGAGACCGAUCAGGGUCUCCGCGUCUACGACUCCGGAUAUAUCAACACCUCUGUAGUUCAGAGCAAGAUUACGUACAUAAAUGGACAGGAUGGCAUCCUUCGGUACCGCGGCUAUCCCAUCCAGCAGCUUGUCGACAAGUCGCAUUUCCUUGAGACGGGUUUUCUGCUCAUCUACGGCGAGCUGCCCACGCCGUCGCAAUACAGCAAAUGGCAGGAUGAAAUCAUGCACCACACCUACAUCCACAGCGACCUCGAAGGCAUGUUCAAGUCGUUCCGCUACGACACUCACCCCAUGGCCAUGCUGCAGGCCUCCUUCUCCUCGCUCGGCGCCUUCGCGCCCGAGUCGAACCCGAGUUUGCAGGGGCAGAACCUGUACACCAAUGCCGCCAACGGUGACCUGAAGGCCUUGGAAAUGAUAGACAAGCAAAUCCUGCGCAUCAUCGGCAAGGCGCCCACGCUGGCUGCCGCCGCCUACCGCAUGCGCCAGGGCAGGCCCUUCAACCGCCCCGCUCAGGGCCUCAGCUACACGGGCAAUUUCCUGUACCUGCUCGACCACCUGAGCGGGCAUGAGUACCAGCCUCACCCGGUCCUGGAACGGGCUCUCGAUGCGCUGUUCAUCAUCCACGCCGACCACGAGGUGAACUGCUCCACGGCCACCGUCCUGCAGGUCGGCUCGAGUCUCGUCGACCCCUACAGCGCUGUGUCGGCCGGCUGCGCAGCCCUCUACGGGCCCAGUCACGGCGGCGCCAGCGAGAGCGCGAUCCGCAUGCUGAUGGAGAUCGGCAGCCCCGAGAACGUGCCCGCCUUCAUGGAAAAGGUCGAGAAGCGGGAGCGCGUGCUCGUCGGCUUCGGCCACCGCGUUUACAAGAACGUCGACCCCCGAUCGACCGCGAUCCGAAAGCUGGCCGACGAAGUGUUCGCGGUCACCGGCCGGAACCAGCUCCUCGACACGGCGCUGGAGCUCGCCAAGUACGCCCGCGAGAGCGAGUUCAUGACGAAGCGCAACCUGUACCCCAACGUCGACUUCUACUCCGGCCUCAUCUACCAGGCCAUGGGCUUCCCCCUCGACUUCUACCCCGUCCUGUUCGCCGUGCCGCGCUGCGUCGGCUGGCUGGCCCACUGGAGGCAGCAGAUGUUGCAGAAGGGGGGCGUCAAGAUCUGGCGGCCUCGUCAACUGUACGUCGGAGAAGGGGAGAGAGACUACGUCGAGUCGGAGAAGAGGCAGGAGGCGCAGAACAAGUCUGUGUUUGACGAGCCUGUACAGGUCAGCCACGGUGGCGACAGCAAGAGGAACGAGCUCGCAACGUUCAAAGACGAAAUGGGCCAUGCUUGGAGGGGACGUUCGAAGCUUUGA